AUGCGUGCCUCACCCGAAUCAAACGCAGACUUUAGCAACUUUCCCGAGCCCGGCGCUAACUUCUCCCGCGACGAGCUCGACGCUGUGCUUGACGAUCUGUUAAGCGAUGACCUACCUGAAGAAUCACAACGAUCCAAAAGGAUCAAGAGAGAAUCCAAACCCCAUCCUAUAAUCAAACCAAUACACAACCAGCCACCUUUAGAAAGUCCCAAAUCUAUUAACCAAAAAUUCAAAGCUUCAAAAUCCGAUAUCGAAGAAGGAUUUGAAUUUAAACCCCCAGAGCCGACUAUGUCUUCCACGGCUUAUAGAUGGGAUAUUGAAACACCCAGUGCUGAGCAACUUAGGUACGCGGCUAGGUUUUUUGAACAAUACCCAGUACGGUUCUUAUGGGGUGCUGAGGAGUUUGCGAGUAUUCCCGAUGGAGCGGUGCCUGAGGUUGCGUUUUUGGGGAGAAGUAAUGUUGGGAAAUCAUCAAUUUUGAAUGCUUUAAUGGCUUCGAAGGGCAUGGCAAGAACAUCUUCAAAACCCGGAAGAACGAAGCAAAUGAAUGCAUUUGGAGUUGGGGGUGCGCGCUUAACCUUGCUGGAUAUGCCGGGUUAUGGACACGGGUCGCGGCAUUCCUGGGGGCGAGAGAUUAUGGAGUACUUGAGGUCAAGAAAGCAGUUUCGAAGAGCUUUUCUGUUGAUUGAUCCGAUUCACGGAUUUAAAGAGGUGGAUAUGAUGAUUAUGGAGGCAUUCGUGGAUAUGGGGAUACCGUAUCAAUUGGUUUUAUCUAAAACAGAUAAAUUGGAAGAACCGAAAAAGAAGAAAGACAGACUUGCAACGCCCCAUAUCAAUGAAGUAUUUAUGGAUGUCCAAGGGGUUAUGAGAGACUAUGGAGGACAUUCAGGGUUUGGAGAAAUCCUGGCGACAUCUAGCGAGCCUGUGAAAAAGGGAAUCAAUGAGUUAAGAUGGGCGAUAUUACGGGCUACUGGGUUAGAACCAAAAAAGAAGAAAUUGAGAUGA